AUGGAAGCGUUGUUUGAGGACAUCUAUACCUUGGAGAAAGACAAGGUUCACUUGGUUGCACAUUUCUUUGAAAAGUCUGCUCAAGUAUGGUGGCGGCGAGUUAAGGAGAACCGGUCUUUGGAUCUUCCUUCAAUAACUUGGGAGGAGUUUUGGGGGUUGCUAUUCAUGGAGUACUUCCUCGAUAGUGAUAAAAGGAAAAUAAAUGAGGACUUCCAUAAACUAAUGCAGGGUAGUCGUACCGUGCGGGAGUACGAACGAGAGUCCUCACAUUUGGUGAAUUGUGUCCCGGGGUUGAUUCAUGUUGACCGAGACCGGGCGGAGUGUUUUGAGAGAGGGUUGAGACCGGAGAUAUUUAAAGUGAUCCAUGCCCUCAAGUUGAAGAUUUUUGAGGAAGUUCUUGAUCGUGCGCUUUGGGUAGAGCGGGAAAAUGCUAUCGCACGAGAGGAGCGCGAGUCCUUUGAGAGGGAAAGAGACAAAGGCAAGAAGCGGGCAGCUAGUGGUUCCGGGGGUCAGUCGAGCUCUAAGCGGGCCCCUGGGUCGUUUGCUAAGACUUAUGGCAUCGAGAUUUCGGAUAGUUCGGAUGCUUGGUGGGUGUACGCACCUGAGCAUACUUUUAGUGUUAAAGAAGAGUGCGCGGCUUGUCCAGUUCAAGUUGGUGAUUGGAUUAUGCCAGCAGAUUUGCUUGUGUUGAGCCUUAUGAAAAGCUUUGACAUAAUCCUUUGGAUUGACUGGCUCUUGAAAUAUUAUAUUGUUAUUGAUUGUGAAAGCAAAGUAAUUACUUUUCGUGAGCCGGGUCAAGAGGAGGUGGCUUAUCGUGCGUGUAAGAGUUCAUAUUUUGCUAUGACGGUGUCGGCGUCAAGAGCAAGAAAGUUGAUUCAUAGUGGAUGUAUAGCCUAUUUGGCGACGGUGGUGGAGACUCAAAGAGAGCUUCCGACGCUUGGAGAUAUUCCAGUUGUUCGUGAGUUUCCGGAUGUGUUCCCCGCGGAGUUGCCGGAUUACCAGCGGACCGGGAGAUCGAUGAUGCCGUUUGGGCUUACUAAUGCCCCUGCUACAUUUAUGGACCUUAUGAAUUGGGUGUUUAAGCCGUUUUUGGAUCAUUGUGUUGUGAUGUUCAUUGAUGAUAUAUUGAUCUAUUCUCGAAGUGACGAGGAGCAUAAGGAGCAUUGUGGGCGGGUUAUUGCGUAUACAUCUCGUAAGUUGAAGAGUUAUGAAAAGAACUAUCCUAUCCAUGACCUUGAAUUGGCUGCUGUGAUAUUCGCAUUAAAGUUAUGGAGGCACUACCUGUACGAUGAGCGGAAGUCGGUAGAGAAUCUUGCCAUGGUUAUUACACUUCAACCGUCGUUGUGGAAGGAAAUGUGGCGGUUUGACCUUGAAGUUGUAGCUCCUGAAGUUCUGGCUAUGCUUGCUUCGCUAGUUGCGCAACCGACCUUAUUGGAGAAGAUUAAAGAUUGA